CAAACACCAAUCCACUUCUCCAAACAUGCUCUCGCACGUGUCUAAUCCCUUUCUCAGUCGUCUCCUGUGAAGACUCGGAGUGAAAAAUAGGAGACCCAUCGAUUAACUUUCCCACUUCCUCUGGUCUGUUCUCCACGAUUAGGUUAACAAACUGAGAGAGAGAGAGAGAGAGAGAUGAAGGGUGAAGGGAAACUGUUCUUGAAGUCUCGCAUGAAGUGGAUUGGUUUGGUCGGGCUUGUACUGUCGGUUUUCUCUCUCAUUGUCCACUUUUUGCUCGCCAGAUUCACCGCCGAUGCCAUUUCCGAGUACUCGAUCCCUGUCGCGAUCUUCUCGUGGAGACCCAUCUUUGAAUCUCCAAGCUUUUCCAGAAAUACACCACUGUACAGAAGACUCUGGGGCCCGACAAGGCAUGUAGAUUCAUUACAGCCAGAUGCAAAUCCGAGAGGGUACUAUGCAGAUCCUCCUGCUAGGACAAAUGGGUUUGUCUUUGUCAGAAUACAAGGUGGUUUCCAUGAGAUUAGGAACUCGAUUCCGGAUGUGGUUGCUAUCUCUCGGCUUCUUAAUGCUACUCUGGUUGUUCCCGAGAUCCAAUCAACGACCAGCAGCAAAGGAAUCAGUUCACAGUUCAAGAGUUUUGCUUAUUUAUACAACGAGGAGCAUUUCAUUGCGGCACUCUCGAAAGAUGUUUCCAUCGUUAAAACUCUACCGAAGAAACUCAAACGGGCUAGAAGAAAGAAACUAAUACCUUCCUUUAAAAUCCCUUUUGGUGCUUCUCCUUAUUACUACUUGCACCGUGUUUUACCCGUGUUGGUCAAGCAUUCGGUGGUUGAACUCGUUGUUCCCAAUGGCAGUUGUCUACAAGCUGAACUUCCAAGUGAUCUUGAAGAGUACCAAAGGCUGAGGUGUAGGGUCGCGUUUCACGCCUUGCGGUUUAGGCAAGAGGUCCAAGAACUCGCCUCUCGGGUCUUGCUAAGGUUGAGAACUUUGGGUCGGCCUUUUAUAGCUUAUGAUCCCGGCUUGACCAGAGAAGCCUUGGCUUAUCAUGGCUGUGCCGAACUGUUCCAGGAUGUACAUUCGGAGCUUAUUCAGCAUAAACGAGCUUGGAUGAUAAAACGUGGGAUCGUCAAGGGGAAGCUUAUCGUAGAUUCAGUACAGAAACGCAUGAAAGGCAUAUGCCCUCUAAUGCCGGAAGAAGUUGGUGUACUGUUACGUGCUUAUGGGUACUCGUGGGAUACAAUCAUAUAUGUUGCGGGGGGAGAGGUUUUCGGUGGGCAGAGAACGAUGAUUCCUUUACAUGGUAUGUUUGAGAACGUCGUUGAUCGGACUUCUCUCACUACAACAUGGGAGCUGACGAGAAUGUACGGUCGUGAGACCAAACUCGAAGAGAAUAACAAAAGGACACCUCCUUCGGUUGAAGAAGUGAUGGUCCAAGAUUCUUGGAAGAUCUCGGGGCCACGCCCUCGCCCUCUUCCGCCUCCACCCGCAAGACCAAAGUAUUAUAACAUCGAAGGAUGGUGGGGAUGGGUGGCCGAGAGUGACAACGAGCCCGAAAGCACUGUUAUAGAGCUGAGAACCAACGCCCACAAGCUAUUGUGGGAAGCGAUUGAUUACGUGGUAAGUGUUGAAGCUGAUGUCUUUAUCCCGGGAUUUGAUCGUGACGGGAAAGGGCACCCGAGUUUCGCUAGUUUGGUGAUGGGUCAUCGGCUUUAUCAGUCUGCUUCUGCUAAAACAUUUAGACCAGAUAGGAGACUGAUGGCUGCGCUUCUUGAAGAUAUCCAGGAUCAUAUGUACGAAGCGAAUCACACAUGGAUAACGUCAGUGAGAAGGCAUCUGAAGAGAAGCUUACUCGAGGGUCUAAAGGAAUCUUCCGAAACGUCAAAGCACCUUUCUUUUCUCGCUCACCCGGUCCCUGAAUGUUCAUGUUUCAGACCACACGAUAAGAAGCCUGAGACACUGGCGAAGAACGUGUCGAUGGUGGAAUCUGAUCUCGGGGUUACCCAACGAUGUCCUGGAUGGAUGGAAGGUGUCGAGAUUCAAGGAUCAAAGGAUAAUGAGAUAGAGGAGGAUGUCGAUGAGGAGGAUUCGUCUUCUUCCGGAAUGUUCUUUGGAAACGGACAGAACAACAACACUGUUAGCCAUGAAACUGGAAGUCCCGAGGUUAACAAGGAAGAAGGUCAGCUAGAAGAUCAAGAAGAACUCGAGGGCGGAGAUAAAUAGGGUAAGUUUUGAAGCAAAUGAAUUGGUUCUGUUCCACAACUCAAGAACCCUGCAAGCCAUCCAAUGGCAUCUGGAGAAAAAGCUCUGGACAUAUGCAAACAAAUAGGUUACAGACAAGAUGUAGAGAGGGAAACGAAGUGCAGAUACGAGGAAGAAAAUCUAACUCGGGAACUCGGAGGCAGAGACAGGAUAUGUAGUUUUAAGUCUUUGGUUUGUUGUUCCCACUGAGUUUGUUUAACCUAAAAAGUUGUUAGCUUUUUGUUCAUGGAGGCAUCUGUGGUAUCAUCGUUUGUCUCUGAACUUUCUGGUGAUCAGUUUUGCAAGAGCUCGAUGUCUUCUGAUCCACAAAACACAGGCUUCUCGUGUAGUUUUUCCAGUUUACAUGCAUUUUUUUUUGUCAA